AAAAAAAGAAACUUCAAAAUUUAUAGACCCCUUAAACCCUAAUAUGAGAAUUUGAAGAAUUUAAACCAAAAUCUGUUGAAGAAGAAGAAUAGAGCUUUAUUUUGUUUUUUAAGAAUCCUCAAAUAGAGAAGACUCUGAAUAAGAAGAUGCAGAUUCUUUGUAGGAAGUUACUGCAGAGAAAAACUCAUAUCAAACAAGGUAUCAGUCGAUAUGCUUUUUCUACAAAUAAGAUUGGCGAUAUUGGGCAGCCAACUCCUGCAACUCAUCCUCAGUUGCUAAAAGAAGGGGAAAUCACUCCAGGCAUUACUAAUGAGGAGUACGUCUCAAGAAGAAAUAAGUUGUUGGAGCUUCUUCCAGAAAACAGCUUGGCCAUCAUUGCAGCUGCCCCUGUAAAGAUGAUGACCAGUGUAGUGCCUUAUACGUAUCGGCCAGAUGCUGAUUACUUGUAUAUUACUGGCUGCCAACAACCUGGUGGUUUGGCAGUUUUGGGUCAUGAUUUUGGUUUAUGCAUGUUCAUGCCAGAAGCAACACAACAUGAUGUUAUUUGGCAAGGACAAGUUGCAGGUAUUUAUGCAGCAUUAGAGACAUUCAAGGCUCAGAAAGCAUAUCCUAUGAGAAAAUUACGUGAUGUUCUUCCAGAUAUGAUAAAGAGCUGCUCCAAGUUGUUUCACAACAUGCAGACAGCAACACAAACAUAUACAGAACUGGACGCAUUUCAAAAGGUGGCCCUCAGUGGCAAAGUGGAAAAUAUUUCCAGCUUGACCAAUGAGUUACGAUGGAUAAAGUCACCAGCAGAGCUUAAGUUGAUGAAAGAAUCUUCAUCCAUUGCUUGCCAGGCUCUUCUCCAAACGAUGCUUCACUCGAAGACAUAUCCUCAUGAGGGUAUGCUAGCAGCAAAAGUUGAAUAUGAAUGCAGAAUGAGAGGUGCCCAAAGGAUGGCGUUCAAUCCUGUGGUUGGUGGUGGGUCUAAUGGUAGUGUUAUACAUUAUUCACGAAAUGACCAGCAGAUUAAAGAUGGUGAUCUUGUUUUAAUGGAUAUGGGGUGUGAGUUCCAUAGUUAUGUCAGUGAUCUUACUCGCACCUGGCCGCCCUGUGGUAGCUUCUCUUCAGGACAAGAAGAACUCUAUGAUCUUAUACUUCAAACAAACAAGUCAUGCAUAGAUCUUUGCAGACCUGGCACCAGCAUUCAGGAAAUACACAAUUAUUCGGUUGACAUGUUGCGUAAAGGAUUUAAGGAGAUAGGGAUUUUGAAAAAUAGUGGAAAUAAUUCCUACCAUUUGUUGAACCCAACUUCUAUAGGUCAUUACCUAGGAAUGGACGUCCACGAUAGUUCUUCUGUCAGCUAUGAUCGGCCACUGAAGCCUGGCGUGGUGAUAACAAUAGAGCCAGGAGUAUAUAUUCCAGCUACUUCUGAUGUUCCAGAAAGGUACCGAGGCAUUGGGAUAAGGAUUGAAGACGAGGUCCUGAUAACAGAAAGUGGUUAUGAGGUACUAACAGGUUCAAUGCCAAAAGAAGUCGGACACAUCGAGUCAUUGAUCAACAAUUACAGUCAUGUGAGAGGAACGGAGAGCCAUAACAAUGUGCAAGUUGCUUCGAGCUGACAAUUCUGAAGAAAAUAUGUAAUUUCUCAUAUGUCGAAAAUAAGUCAUUUCUCAUAUUUACCCAUUUAUCUUCUUCCAUUCGUCCGAAUAUGUAGAUCUCUUACUACCCGAUUGUUGUUUCGAGGAGGCAGUUACGCCUCGCUUGAGAUCCGGCCCGGCGGAGAUGUCUUGAAAUUUUGACACUAAAUUGUACUUGUAUUUGUACAUUAUUACUGAUUAAAAGUUUCAAUAAAAAUAAUGAAUUGGAUAGGCAGUUGAAUGUUGA